AUAAUAUUGCUAUUGGAAAUCAUGCUGAUUCGAGGGCUAUGUCAACGAGUGAAAAUGUAAAUGUUGCGGAGAGAAUGCAGGCGGGCCCCAGUGCAAUUAGUCCUAAACGUCGCAAUGUAACACUGACAAUACCAUUAAAUGUAAACGGGUAAAGGUGAAACGAUUACAAGACAUUACGACGAGCGGUUUUCAUAAAACGGGUGAAUCAUUAAAUAGUCAAAUUUUAUGGUUUUACAAAAAGAAUAUUGAAAAUGUAGUCGGGUAUCAAUCGUUUUUGUCGGCAACAAGAGGCGAUUUAGUUGAAAAAUUACGCGACUGUCUUAAAGAAAUGGGUUCGAUAAAAUUCAACUUAAAACUGGAGGCGACUUAUGCGGUUCUUAGUGUACUUUAUCGUGGGUGAUGACUUUUACGCGGUGGCAAAGAAAAAUCCUGAUCUAUUGGCUAGACUUGACACUUCAGGUUUGCCGAGCAGUCACCCGUGUUAUUCAAACGCUAACAAGAAGGUGCCUGGUUUGUGGAGUGACGAAACGCUGGGAAAAUCUAUAUUGGAGUUUAUUAGUCUCAGACCAAAAUGUUAUGGUUUUGACUUGAAGGGUAAAAAAAAAAUUAAGGCGAAAGGGAUACUUGGUCACGUUGUGAAAAAUCAUCUUACAGUCGAGGACCUGAAACGGUGUUUGUAUGCUGAAGAGAAGCCCGCAGUAAAUAGAGAAAAUGUGUCAAUCAGAUCAUUUCAACACCAAAUAUACACCAUUAAGACUAUGAAAAUGACAUUAAACCGUUCAGAUGAUAAGCGGUUUAUAGACAUUUACCGUAUUACUACCUACGCUUACGGUCAUUAUAAAGUAGAGAAUGAAGACAACAUUGAAACUUAAGAUUUGUAGUUAUACCUUAUAAACUAAUGAAAAAUAAUAAACAGAUUACAAAAAUGUAAUGUAUUAGUAUAAUG